UUAAAUGCAAGGUCUGCAAAAUCAUCACUACACAAGACGAACGGACAUUCGCAUGGUAAACUUCUCUACCGGCCAACAAUUCCAGGAGAGCGAGGUUGGGAUUCGGUUCUUAGCAGGGGCUACUUCGCCGUAGAGGUCUAAGAGAGAAGCAACAGGAGUUGGUCUCUAGCGUUGUCUUCGCCGUCGAGGAUAGACCUGGUGUGGUGGGCGCUAGCACAAGAGAAGGAAGUUUCCCGAGAACCAAACAGAUCUUUUUUUCUAAAAAAAUUAUGGCAGUUUCUUCUUUCUCUCUCAGCUUUUUCUCAAAAACCCGCAAACCCUCUCUUUCCAAGACCCUAAUUUUCAACCCACCCACUAUCUCUCCCAAUUCCCACCUCAAACUCAACCCCAUUUUUAGACCUUCCACUCUCACACUCUUCCUUCCAAUCCAGAAACCCAAUAUAAAAAAAACCCGCUUCAAAUCCCAUAUCUGCUGCCUCUUCACCGGCAUCGUCGAAGAAAUGGGCGAAAUCAAGCAGCUGGGUAUCGCCGAACACGGCGGAUUCGACAUGAGAAUCGGCGCAAAGACCGUUCUUGAAGGCGUAAACCUCGGCGAUAGCAUUGCCGUCAACGGUACGUGCCUUACGGUGACGAAAUUCGACAUCCAAUUGUCUGAAUUCACCGUCGGUUUGUCGCCCGAAACGCUGCGAAAGACGUCAUUGGUCGAGCUCGGACAGGGCUCGGCGGUGAACUUGGAGCGGGCUGUGCAGCCCACGAGCCGAAUGGGUGGACAUUUCGUGCAGGGACAUGUGGAUGGGACGGGGGAGAUAGUGGCAAAGGAGCCUGAGGGGGAUUCCUUGUGGGUAAAGGUAAAGGCAGGGAGAGAUUUGUUGAGGUAUAUAGUGCCAAAAGGGUUUAUUGCGGUGGAUGGGACUAGUUUGACGGUGGUGGAUGUGUUUGAUGAGGAGGAGUGCUUUAAUUUCAUGUUGGUGGCUUAUACUCAGCAGAAUGUGGUGAUUCCUUCGAAGAAUGUUGGGCAGAAGGUGAACUUGGAGGUGGAUAUAUUGGGGAAGUAUGUGGAGAGGCUGCUUAGUAGUGGGUUUGUUGACUCUAUUAGAGCUUCAUGACAAAAGGUAGGCAAGUGUGAGAUGACUUCUAUGGGUCUUACUUGCCCGGGCAGAUUGGAUGAAACUCUAAACUCUACGAGGGGAAAGCCAGAUUGGAGGCAACUAUAUUUGAGGACAGGGGCAGAACAAAUCAAUAAGUACAAAUAGAGUGGUUAUCCACCCUUUAGAACGAAUGGAUUAAUAAUAAGACUGAGAGACCAGCAGUGAUCAUUAGCAAAGUGGACUGUGUAGCAGCAAUAUUCACUCCAUUACUCUUCUGAGCCUUCUCUGUGGCUUCCUUUAUAUUGGUGCAAUUAAGAGUAAGCUUUCCUUCGUUGCACAUGUUGGCAAGCAGGCUUGGCGGGUAAUCUCCAAAGAAGUUAAUGUAGCUGAACAUGAUUGUGAAGCAAUCAGCUGUCAUGCCAUUAAUAGCAUCUGCAUAAGUGCAAGCGAAGUCCUUCAAAGCAUUACAACAAGCCAGCGGCGGGAAUUUGGGUCCUUUGCACCGGCCUGUGAUGAUUGUAUAAUUCUUAGACUCUAGGUCUACCCCGCAUGCUGCACAUAAUCAAACAUGAAAUUCAGAUUUCUUUUUUCCUCUCAUCCCGAUGAACUUCCUACACACUAUUUUGUCGAGUAAUUCUAGAUUUCAUA